CGUCUUCAAGAAAUAUAACUUACUAUAAUAUAAUAUAUAACUUUACUCUUUACUCUUUAGUAGUUUAGUCGGCAAGUCGGCUAUUCGGCUCAGUUAGAUUCAUUCAGGUGCCUAAAUAUGGCGCAAGUUUUAUUCCGAGGAUUCCGUCUAUGCAACACUUCUAUAUUGAGCAAAACGGCAGCAGCAUGUUGUAAAUGCGAGAGGAGAACAUUCAAACUGUUAUCGAACUUGCAACCAUCAUUUGUGUCGUUGUCAAACAAGAAAUUAUACAGUUCUCAAUCUGAAAAAAAACCUGCUGAAACAUUAGGAACGACACGUGCACUCGAUCCAUUAGAUAUAUUUGGCGAGAAUAAAGAUGAAAGACGUAAGGAAAAAGAAAAAGCCAUAAAAAACUUGAAAAUAGGAUUCUUUUUCAUAGGUGCAUCUUUAAUGAUGGUUCUUGGUUCUGGUCUUUAUGUUCUAAUGGAUGACAAUUACUAUAAAAAAGACGAAGACGAAAAAGAUAUGUAUCCAGUACGUUUAUUUAAUCGUGGACGUUUGGCAAUCAGAGAGUUUUUUGAAUCAAUGAGAGCGCCUUCUUACGAAAAAUUAUUACCUGAUCCUUUACCAUACCCAUAUAUCCAACCACCUUACACAUUGAUUAUAGAAAUGACAGACCUGCUUGUUCACCCAGAAUGGACAUAUACAACCGGAUGGAGAUUUAAAAAGAGGCCAAAUGUUGAUCAUUUUCUAGAGCAAGUAUCUCAAAAUUAUGAAGUAGUUGUAUUCACAGCUUCAAAUGGAUUUAAUGUUUACCCAAUUUUAGAUAGUUUGGAUAAAAAUAAUGUAAUUAUGUAUAGACUUGUUAAGAAUGCGACUGACUAUAUUGAUGGACAUCAUGUAAAAAACAUUGACCGUAUUAACCGUGAUUUAUCCAAAGUUAUUAUGGUUGAUUGGAAUGCAGAUUCAGUUAAAUUACAAAGAGAAAAUGCUUUGGUAAUACCUAGAUGGAAUGGUGAAGAUGGUGAUCAACAAUUGAUUCAAUUGGCAGAGUUUCUAAAUGUAGUUUCAGCAAGUGAAGUGAAUGAUGUACGAGAAGUACUCUCAUAUUAUAAACAGUUUGAUCAUCCACUUGAAGUUUUUAAAGAAAAUCAAAGAAAAUUAUUAGAAAUGCAAGAAGAACAAAAACAAAUAUCAGGCACACUUCCAAUAAAUAAAGCAAGAGGCUCGUGGAAAGAUAAAUAUCUAUAUGGAAAAUAAUUUUUAAUUGUUAUUACAUAUUUGUAUUUUUGUUUUUUUUAUACCAAAAAUAAAGUAAGUAGUAGAUAUUA